GCCCAAGUCCAAUUUGCCGAACAUGUCAACAAGCCUUAUUGAGGAACAUAAAGUCAGAUCAGGAUUCAUUCUUUCUUUUCCCAACAUUCCAAUAUUUGGUUUCUCAUUUCCUUUAUUUUUUUCUCCAUAUAUUCUCUAGAGUCGCCUUCGGGAUCGAAGAGAAAAAACGGCCACCAGGUACAAUUGUUUGAUUUCCCGGCAAUCGGUCGAUUCCUCGUCUCCUUUUCUCUGGUCGAUCUUCGCAAUAUCGCUACUUUGCCCAAAAUCGUAUAUCGAAUUUCUGAACCAGAACCGAUUUGAGACGAUCCCUUUACGAUUUAGCUUCUUUGUUGAAUUCUCCUUUUGGGAUUUGAUCUACGCUUUAUAUUGUUCUGGAUUCCCUUAUGUUCAGCUUUACAGUACCGAUUUCUGUUUGAUGAAAUAGGAUCAUUAGGUUAUUCUUCUGGAUUUGUUCCAUGAAUUUUGAGGCUUUUCUUCUGAAUCGUACAUGCAAUGAUCUUUCUGUGUGGAAAUGGUCAUUAUCGAUGGUUCCGGGUCUCGUCUCACAUCUUAUCAUAUUCAUUUUCUUAUACUUCCAGAUUAUUCAGGCACAGCUGAAGGAUGUUGGAGCAGUUGCUCAUAUUUACUAGAGGAGGAUUGAUCCUAUGGACAUGUAAAGAGCUUGGAAACGCUCUCAAGGGAUCACCAAUUGACACCCUCAUCAGGUUCUGUCUCUUGGAGGAACGAUCUGGCUCUAACUCGUAUAACUAUGAUGCUCCGGGUGCUGCCUAUACCCUCAAAUGGACCUUCCACAACGAGCUUGGCCUUGUGUUUGUGGCUGUGUAUCAGCGGAUACUCCGGCUGCUCUAUGUGGAUGAACUGCUUUCCAUGGUAAAGCGUGAAUUCUGUGAGAUAUAUGAUCCCAAGCGGGUGGAUUAUAAUGAUUUCGACGAAACAUUUAGGCAGCUGAGGAAAGAGGCAGAAGCCAGGACGGAGGAUUUGAAGAAAUCAAAGCAGGUGGGUAGGCCUGCCAAUGAUUCUAAGAAGCAAGGGCAUGUGAAGAAGGGUGGGGCGGAUGGCGGAAACAAGAAAAAAAGCGAGGCUACUGGUGGCAGUGAUGAUGAUGAUAAUAGGGCAGGUUAUAAUAAGUUGGAGAAUGGACACUCCAAUGGCCAUCAUGUUGCAAGUGGUGGUUCUAGGAAAUUAGCUGUUGGUAAUGGUAAAGAAAAUGAUAGUGUCAAUGUUGGAGCUUUUGAUGUAAGUAAGCUCCAGAAGCUUAAGAACAAAGGAGGAAAGAAAAAUGAUACUGUUGUUAGUGACAGUAAGGGUUCCAAAUUGGACACAAAGAAAAAAGCAACUAAAAAGAAUAGGGUUUGGGAUGAUUCACCUUCACAGUCGAAAUUGGACUUCACUGAUCCUGUGGAAACUGGAAAUGAGAAUAUAGAUGUUGUGGCAGCUAACCAAGGAGAAAGCAUGAUGGACAAGGAAGAGGUUGUUAGCAGCGACAGUGAGGAUGAAGAAGAUGAAGUCGGCAAGGGGAGUGCACCUGACUCUAAGAAGAAGGGAUGGUUUUCAUCUAUGUUCCAGAGCAUCGCAGGAAAAGCAAAUCUAGAGAAAUCCGAUCUGGAACCAGCUCUAAAAGCUCUCAAGGACAGGCUCAUGACCAAGAAUGUGGCGGAAGAGAUAGCUGAGAAGCUUUGUGAAUCAGUUGCUGCUAGCCUGGAAGGUAAAAAGCUUGCAUCUUUCACAAGGAUAUCUUCAACUGUCCAGGCAGCUAUGGAAGAUGCACUUGUUCGGAUUCUGACUCCUAAGCGGUCUAUUGACAUACUGAGGGACGUACAUGCUGCUAAGGAACAAAGGAAGCCUUACGUUGUUGUCUUUGUCGGUGUCAAUGGGGUUGGAAAAUCUACCAACCUAGCUAAGGUUGCAUAUUGGCUUCUGCAGCAUAAUGUCAGUGUUAUGAUGGCUGCUUGUGAUACAUUUCGGUCUGGAGCUGUUGAGCAGCUGAGAACUCAUGCACGCAGACUUCAGAUUCCUAUAUUUGAGAAGGGCUAUGAAAAGGAUCCUGCUAUGGUGGCGAAGGAAGCAAUUCAGGAGGCAACUCGCAAUGGUUCGGAUGUUGUUCUUGUGGACACAGCUGGGCGGAUGCAGGACAAUGAACCUCUGAUGAGGGCGCUAUCAAAGCUUGUUAACCUCAACAAUCCUGAUCUUGUGCUCUUUGUUGGGGAGGCAUUGGUUGGAAAUGACGCAGUGGAUCAACUGUCAAAGUUCAAUCAGAAACUGGCUGAUCUGUCCACUUCCCCCAAUCCGCGACUAAUUGAUGGGAUCCUGCUUACUAAGUUUGACACCAUCGACGAUAAGGUUGGAGCUGCGCUUUCCAUGGUUUACAUCUCUGGAGCACCGGUGAUGUUUGUGGGUUGUGGGCAGUCUUACACAGACCUGAAGAAGUUGAACGUGAAAACCAUUGUCAAGACCCUUCUGAAAUGAGUCGCUAGUAGUAGUUUCUACUGGUGUUUCCUGUCCUUUUGCUUUUGGUGGUGGAAUGAUUUUCUUUGACGGGUUGCUUUCACUUUCGCCUUUGGGACUAUGCCGUUAUGAACUGAAAACUGCCAGAUUUCUAUAUUCUCUUUGUAGCCUGCUGGUGUUAGGGAUAUUUGUUCUGUUGGAGGUGAAUUGAAAAUGUUCCCCUUUGUUGUGCUCUUCGUUGUUCCAUUUGGGUUAAGCCUGUUUUUUUUUUUUUUUUUGGGUAGAAAGAGGGACGCUAGAGCGUCCUACUGAACAUUACCAACGAAACGUGACUACACAAUGCCCAUAACAUCAUACAAUGAUCCAUAGGGCAAGGCUCGGAUCCUCAUCGAACAGUACUAGAGUAGUCGGCCGCAAAGUUCCUUUCACUAUGAUUAUGAACACUAGGAUUAAUACCCGCGGCUACGCCGCAGGAACUAAAGUGGAGCAUCAUAG